GGGACGGACGGACGGAGCCGCUCCCCGGGCCUGGGGCUGAGUCCCGGGUUCACCUGCUGAAAUGGGAUCUUCCUGUAUAACUUGGACCUGCACGUCAGGGACGAAUCUCUCCACGCAACUGCCCGCUCAGGAGAGGGGUGAUCCCAGCCCGGGGACUCUGUGGGGUAAGAAAUGCUGCAUCCCGGUCUGGGGAGUCACCACCGCGGCAGGUGGGGGGUUUGUCAUGCUGGUUCUGAUCCUGGUGCUGUCUGUCUGCCUGUGCCGGGCCAGGAGACGAGUAAAGAAGUUGGUGGCUUGGAAGGACGGCGCGGAGCUGGAGGACCCCGACGUGCAUUACGCCUCCCUGCAGAAUUUGGCCUCAGCCCAGGUCGGGGAGCAGGAGCCGGAGCCCCCCGGCCCCCAGCACACCGACUACGCCACCGUGGCCGAAGUGAAGGGCCUGGCCGAGGAGGAGGGGGAAGGGGAGGCCUGGCCAGAUGGGGGCACGGACCCCGGGGAGUUUGUGCAGGACCCCCAGGAAGGGGAGGCCUGGCCAGAUGGGGGCACGGACCCCGGGGAGUUUGUGCAGGACCCCCAGGAAGGGGAGGCCUGGCCAGAUGGGGGCACGGACCCCGGGGAGUUUGUGCAGGACCCCCAGGAAGGGGAGGCCUGGUCAGAUGGGGGCGCGGACCCUGGGGAGCUCGUGCAGGACCCCCAGGAAGGGGUGGCCGCCCACUGA